UUUUAUAUUAUAUUUCCUUCCACUUUUCACUUCAAUAUCUUUAGAAUCCAUCAUCACCUUAAUCAUUCAUUCCAUGUAUUCCCCCAUCAUAAAACCAACCUUCCCCAUUUUCACAACCAAUCCAUUUUUUAUCUCAAAAACAUCUCUCAGACCCUUAAAGGUUUCAGUCAAACCUCCACCACCUGACUUCAACUACAAGCUAGAGAUUUCUGAUGAAUCUAGAGCUGUUAUAGAAGAAUGUUACCCUGAGUUGCUUGAUUUGGCUGACAAUGGUAGCUUGGUUUUGGUUCAGAAGAAGAGGUUUGGUCCUGUUCCUUCUUGGAGGACUGAAUUUGUUGAACCUGAAUAUAUUUGGUUGAUUGGAACUACACAUGUUUCUAAAGAGUCAGCUAUGGAUGUUGAGCGUGUAGUAAAAGCUGUGAAGCCAGAUAAUGUGGUUGUUGAGCUAUGCAGAAGCAGAGCUGGGAUCAUGUAUGCUGAUGAUGAUCAGCUUGACAAACAGUUAAGGUCUACUAUGUUUUCCUUGAGUGGGACUGGAUUUUUUGGAGCUAUUGGUCGUAGCAUAAACCUUGGUGGUCAAACUGCUUUAGCAUUGAGAUUACUCCUGGCUGCUUUUUCAUCAAAGAUAUCUUCAAAUAUUGACCGCCCUUUUGGAGAUGAGUUCCGUGCUGCUCGAAAAGUGUCAGAGGAAGUUGGUGCACAAUUAGUUUUGGGAGAUAGGCCAAUUGAAAUAACACUUCAGAGAGCAUGGAAGGCUUUGAAUUGGACUCAGAAGUUGAGUUUAUUGACGAUAGUUGUCCGUGGAAUAACAUCUUCAUCAGACAUUUCUACAGAUAAGCUUGAGUUGCAGAAAGCAAGUUCAAAUGAUGGUACACUUCAGCUUUAUGAGCAGCUCAGUUUUUCAUAUCCAUCCCUAUUGCCACCUCUUAUACAUGAACGAGAUACUUAUCUUGCAUGGUCUCUGAAGCGGAGCAAGGCUGUGAAUAACUGUAAAAGGGUGGUAGGUGUGAUUGGAAAAGGCCACAUGAAUGGUGUAAUAUAUGCACUGUUAGCUGAUACAGGGAAUUUGAGAUUUCGAGACCUUACUGGAAAAAAUUCAAAUGAUGGGGGUUCUAAUGGAUGGAUUGAUGACCUAGUCAAGAGUUUAGUGAGGGACACGGUGAUUGGAAUUGUCUUAUGGGCCUUAUAUGAAUACAUAAAUGGUGGAACAUUUUCUUUUUGACUAGAAAAAUGGUGGAACACAAGGGGCCUUAUAUUUUUCAGUUUUAAAUAGAAAUCACAGAUAUAAACUGAGUUCUUAGUUGUACAAUAAACAUCAUAUCUCACAAAAAGCCGAUUAGUGAUUUUUAGGAAGAAAAGGGAUGUUUAUAAGAUUUUUUUUUUUUUUGAAAGAUUAUAAGAUUUAUUCUUGUAAGCUAUGGGAAGGUUAUGUGUAAGUAAUACUUAUUAUCUUUGAUCCACAUAUACAUAUGUAGAAGUUUCUGUAUCA